AUGUCGUAUGUUGCGCGCGACAACAAGAUCACGCCAGAGACAAUCGAAGUCGCGGCCGCCAGCAACCCAGAUGCGAUUGCGCUUGCAAGGUCAGGCAAGAAGGAAGUCCUUACUCGACGAUUUGGUUUUUGGUCAAUGACUGGGUUCUCCUGUGGGUUGAUGUGCACGUGGGAGGGUAUGCUCGUCGCGUUCACGCUCGGAUUCGCAAACGGUGGACCCGCCGGCCUCAUUUACAGCUUUUUUAUUGCUUGGUUAGGCACGAUAUCCGUAUUUAUUGUCAUGGGUGAACUAGCUUCCAUGAUACCAACUGCAGGAGGCCAGUACCACUGGGUUAGUCUCCUGGCGCCAGAGUCAUCUCAACGAGUUUUAAGCUAUGUUACCGGGUGGAUUACCGUAGUCGGAUGGACGGUCGGAACUUCAGCAAUAGCAUUUUUCGUCAGCUCGCUAAUCCAAGCAUUGAUGGUACUCAACCUAGACAACUACGACCCUGUAGGAUGGCAAGGAACACUUUUGUUCUGGGGCGUCCUGUUGAUCAGCUUGGUCAUCAACGUGGCAUUCAUGAACGUGCUUCCCGCCAUCGAAGUCGCCAUUCUAGUUCUCCACGUGGUAGGCUUCUUCGCCGUUCUACUCCCGGUAGUGUGCUUGGGACCCAGGUCCCAGCCUUCUGCUGUCUUCAACACGUGGCAGAAUGCUGGGGGCUUCAGCUCGCAGGCCUUGUCUUUCUUCGUUGGGUUGAAUGGCAAUGCGAUAGCCUUUGUGGGCACUGAUGGACCCGUACAUAUGUCCGAAGAGGUGCGUAACGCAGCAAAGAAUGUUCCACGAUCCAUGAUCUAUUCCACCCUGCUAAACGGCGUCCUGGCUUUUGGAAUCUUGCUCGCCGUACUAUUCCAUAUGGGCAGCAUGGAAGAUGCUAUGAACAACGCACCAAACGGCUUCCCGUUCAUCGCGAUUUUCGCCUCAAGCGUGGGAUCAAAGGCUGGUGCUACGGCAAUGACUUCCUUGAUCAUUGUCCUGGAGCUCUUCUGUUGUGUAGACUCUGUUGCAGCAGCUUCUCGGAUGAUGUGGAGUUUUGCAAGAGACCGGGGCCUUCCCGGGCAUGCAACUCUGAAGAAGGUCGACGGACGCACUACAAUCCCACUAGCUGCAGUAGUCGUCGUUUUCAUUGGCGGCUUGUUGAUCGGCCUCAUCAACAUCGGCAGCACCACGGCCUUCAACGCGGUGGUAUCCAUGGCCCUCGAAGCCUUCUACUCCUCGUACCUUCUCGCAUGCGGUAUUCUUCUCUACCGUCGUAUCCGUGGAGACAUCCGCGAUCCUGAUACAGAACCCACCAAGGAGCGUCCAUACGAGUGGGGCCCAUGGCGAUUGAAGGGUCUACUAGGAACCUUGAACAACAUCGUGGCAUGCGCAUAUUUGCUUCUGGUUAUUUUCUUUGGUUACUGGCCAACUAUGCUACCCGUAACAGCAGCGAACAUGAAUUGGAGUUCUACCGUUCUUGGGUCCGUAGCCAUUUUCAGUAUGGGGUACUACCUCCUACGGGCGAGAAAUGGAUAUACGGGGCCGGUGGUCGAAGUGAGAUUAGUUGGUUAUGAUUAAGGGCCCGCCGAUAGAGGUUUCUCGCCUUCCGG